UUACUGUUGCCCCUAGAAGUGAGAUUUUUUGAACCAGGAUGACUAAUGUGGAAGUGGGUCAGCUUGAAAAACAGGCUACAGAAAUCUUAGUCAGGGGUGGUUCUCUGAUCCCCUGCUACACUGGAUUCUCCAAAGGAUCCAGGGUUUCAAGUGUGUAAAACAAACACCAACACAAAAACACUACAGGCUGUUUUACUGGCCACUGUCUCUGAGAUUUAUUUGAGAAGCCUGAGGACUGAACAUUGGCAUGUCUAUUACAUUACAAAAUAAAAAAUUAGGGAGAAACUAACAGGGAGUAUCUCCCUUACUUGUGUUUUAGGUUUGUUUUCAGCAUGGCAAACUGUCAAGGUGGGGUUUAGUAAUUGUUAUGGUACAAGUACAGCAAAUUUUCAUUUCCAAGACAGGGAAGGUUUAAGCUACACAAUUCUGAGCCCCGUUAUACUUAUGGAAAUUUACUUGUGAUGGCUAGCUACAAAUAAAUAGCCUUAUGGAAACAAUAAAUGUGGCAGCCUAAAGUAAAUGCUAUGGCAAUCACUAUUUCACUAGGGACGUCUUGGCUUCUCUCUCUUGCUCACUUGUGGUCUCCAUUGAUAGACUUCUGUUCAUCUCCUGGCUGUGCUUUAUGUGAAAUUUUAGGCAGGGUGUUUGUCAGCUUUAUAAUUGUAUAUCUGGGUCUUCCUUCCUGCUUACACAGCACUUGGCCUUGGUACCAACAGUGUCAAGAAUUACCCAUCUGUGUACUGACUGAUAAAUUACUGUUGCCCCUUUCCCUGCCCACCCUUACCUCCUCAGUCCUAGAAUCCUUGCAAUGGGCUGGUGGAGGGUCUCAGAGAAAUCCAUUAAACAUUAUGAGUAUUUCUUCAGGCAGGGUCUUUUAAUAUAUCUCAGUUAUUAAUAAAAAUGAAGACUGCCCAAGAGACUAACAGCUUUUCACUGAGAGCAGUUAAGGUAGCCAAAUCAGCCAUCAGUGGAAAAAAAUAGAAUUGAGAUAAUUAGUUGCUGGCCUAUAAAGAUGUAAGAUCUUGAGUAAAAUUCCAAGUUAAUGCUCUUCUUGUACCAUUUGUAGGGAGAGAAUGGAAGUCUUUGGGCCUCAAUUUCCUUAUUUGCAAAGAAAUGGGGUUGGGCUAGAUUGCCAUGAGUACUUUCAUUUAUUUAGCGCUUUAAGGUUUGCCAAGCAUUUUCUUCAUAACCCUGAGAGCUAGAUAGCAAAUGAAUUAUUUUUAACCCCCAAUUUUACUUUUGAAGAAACUGAGACUAGGAAAUACUGAGUUGCCCACAUUCAGUUAGCUGGUAAAGUGUCAAAUCCAGGAUAGCAACAUAUUGCAGUUUAUAGAUUUGUAUAGUACAGUGAAAAGAAUGAUAGAUUUGAAGUCUGAGGACCUAGAUUCAAAUCCCAGGGCAACCUCCUAUUAUUCUGUGACACUAGGCAAAACAUUGAAUUUUCUGGGACUCAGUUUCCUCAUUUGCAAAAUCAGAGGAUUGGUUUAGAUGAUAUUUAAAUUCCCUUUCUUUUUUUUUUUUUAACCCUUACCUUAAGUCUUAGCUAGGCAAUUGGUGUUAAGUGACUUGCUCAGGAUCACAUAGCUAGGAAGUGUCUGAGAGCAGAUUUGAACCCAGGAUCACAUAGCUAGGAAGUGUCUGAGAGCAGAUUUGAACCCAGGGACCAGAACCCAGGUCUGGCACUCUUGCCUAUUGAGCCACCCUUAGAAUUCUUUCUCUUUCCUUCUUUCUUUUUCUUUCUUUCUUUCCUUCUUUCAAACCUUUUACCUUUCUGUUCUAAAGCUAUAAUCCUGUGAUUACAGUUAAACCUCACUACUAAAAGUAUGAUGUGUUAUAGGUGUCAUUAUCCCCAUUUUAUAUAUAAGGAGGUGAGAUAACAUCUAUUAUCACACAGCUAAUAAUAAUAGCUAGUAUAUAUAUGCUUUGAGGUUUGGAGAACUUUCCAUGUGAUCUCAUUUGAUCCUCACAAGCAAUCCCAUUUGCCAGAUAAGGAAACUGAGGCUAACAGAGAUUAAGUGACUUGCCCAGGGUCCCAGGGCUAGUAAAUGUCUGGGUUCAGAUUGUACUCUGAUUUUCUUUACUCCAGAUCCAGUGCUUUUUCCACCAUUCCAAGCUAUUUAAGACAUCCAUGGCUCCUUCACCUAUAGGAGUUUAAGUGGAAAACAUAUCAUUUGAGGGAGUAGUUUUCUUUCAUCUGGCUGUAAUUCAUACAAUAUUUUUCAGUAAAAAUUUCCGAUUUUCUUUCAAGUUGGCUUGAGGUGUGAUGCUAAAAUAUGAGACAAUCUUUUACACUUACUCUCUUCCCUCUCCAUCAAUUCCAGAAAGCAACAAAAAAUGAGCCUUUGGGGAUAAUAAGCAGUAAAUUGUUCACCUUCUCGAGAAGUCCUGGAGGGGAUUUAGGAGCCAAAAAGAAAAAGAAGAAACAGAAGAGAAAAAAGGAGAAACCAAAUUCUGGAGGCACAAAAUCAGAUUCAGCAUCUGAUUCCCAGGAGAUUAAAAUUCAACAGCCUUCAAAAAAUCCAGCCAUUCCCAUGCAGAAGCUGCAGGAUAUCCAAAGGGCGAUGGAACUGCUCUCCGCAUGUCAGGGCCCUGCCAAGAACAUUGAUGAGGCUACCAAACGGAAAUAUCAGUUUUGGGAUACACAGCCUGUCCCCAAGCUUCAUGAAGUAAUUACAUCUCAUGGUGCAAUUGAACCAGAUAAGGACAACAUCCGUCAAGAACCAUAUUCUUUACCCCAGGGUUUCACAUGGGACACCUUAGACUUGAGUAAUGCUGAAGUACUCAAGGAGCUGUAUACAUUGUUAAAUGAAAAUUAUGUAGAAGAUGAUGACAACAUGUUCAGGUUUGACUAUUCCCCUGAGUUCCUCUUAUGGGCUCUUCGUCCUCCAGGCUGGCUGCCUCAGUGGCAUUGUGGAGUUAGGGUUACUUCAAACAAAAAACUAGUGGGGUUCAUAAGUGCUAUCCCAGCUAGCAUUCGGAUUUAUGACAGUGUGAAGAAGAUGGUAGAGAUAAAUUUUCUCUGUGUUCAUAAGAAGUUGAGAUCAAAACGAGUAGCACCAGUACUAAUUAGAGAAAUAACCAGAAGAGUCAACUUGGAGGGGAUUUUUCAAGCUGUUUAUACAGCAGGAGUAGUACUUCCCAAACCAGUGGCUACUUGCAGAUACUGGCAUCGAUCACUAAAUCCCAGAAAAUUGGUAGAAGUGAAAUUUUCUCACUUGAGUAGAAAUAUGACUUUACAGAGAACAAUGAAGCUAUACAGACUUCCUGAUGUCACAAAGACUUCAGGUUUGAGACCGAUGGAGCCAAAAGAUAUCAAAGCUGUUCGAGAAUUAAUUAACAACUAUCUGAAGCAGUUUCAUCUUGCCCCAGUGAUGAAUGAAGAGGAAGUGGCCCAUUGGUUUCUGCCUCAGGAUCAUAUUAUCGACACAUUUGUAGUAGAGUGCUCAAAUGGUAUGUUAACUGACUUCCUGAGCUUCUACACGCUACCUUCCACUGUCAUGCAUCACCCGGUUCAUAAAAGCCUAAAAGCUGCUUAUUCCUUCUACAACAUUCAUACUGAAACUCCACUACUGGACUUAAUGAAUGAUGCCCUCAUUAUUGCUAAAUUGAAAGGAUUUGAUGUGUUCAAUGCACUAGAUUUGAUGGAAAAUAAAACAUUCCUAGAAAAACUCAAGUUUGGUAUAGGAGAUGGUAAUUUGCAAUAUUAUUUGUACAACUGGCGGUGUCCAGGAACAGAAUCUGAAAAGGUUGGUCUUGUUUUACAGUAGGACAUUUUCAUUUCUAGAACUCUGCAGUCAUCAUUUGAGUUCCUGUUCUAGUUGACAAAUCUCGGAACCACUGUUCCAAAGAAUAAAAGCACAAUUUAAGUGAAAUCAAAGUGAUCUAUAAAAUCUGAAAAUAUGAAGAAAUUCCACACUUGACCAAUUUUACUUAUUUUUGUCAAUUUUGAAAUGAAAAAUUCAUCCAACUUAUAGUUUGUUCCUCGGAGAGAACAGGGGGAGAAAGGUACUGAGCACAUUCCUCUUAUUUUCAGAGCUUUAGUUGCCUCUUGACAAAGAGAAGGUAUUUUUCCAUUGUAGAAAAUGGACUUUUUAUACAAACUGAACUGCAGUGAAGGAUUAAUGAAAGAAAAUCUUUGCUAAUACAUAAACUGCUGCAUUUCUAUUUAUUAAGUGGUAAUGUUUGUCAGUGUUACAGAAUGAAGGAUUCAUUCUGAAUAUUUUUGCUUAUUCAUUUCACAUGGAUAUUAUUUGGGCAAAUUUAUAAGAGGCCAAUACUUUUGUAGCUCAAAUGAGAAGUCUUGGUAAUUAAGUGUGAAGCUGUAUAAAAAUGUACUGGGUUGACUGGUGCAUUUAUCAAAUACACAAUGCUGCCAAGUCAAUAAAAACACAAAUUUAUACUUUGCUCUUCACAAGAUCAGUGGAUUCAAUCAGUAAGUAGCACUGAACUGUUUGGUGCAAUCAUUACAUUCUGUCUGAAAGAGUAUACCCUCAUUACUAUAUAUUGCAGCUGCUGUUCAAUUUUAGUUUAGUUUUUUUUUUCCUUUAAAGCAAUGUGAGGGAAAGAUCCCAAACUAAAUACCCAAUGAAAUUAAUUAAUGCUAUCAGGACACUGAUAGUCUGAAUGUUUCCAUUGCUAAUGCAAAUUGCACAAGUUCCUUUAAACCAAUUUUGAUUUAACAGGACAUGUCAUUCUAAUGAAAAUAUCUUAUUUGUAAAUAAGUAUUCAUAAUUUUGUUACUGACAGUGUUUUUAUCCAGAGUUUGAAACAAAGUUUCACUGUGUAACAUAUGUGUAUAUAAAAUAUAAAUAUAUUGCCAAUAGUCAGAAAAGAUAGGGAGCUACUAAUGAGGCCUUGUAAUGGGCUUUGACUUAAAUGCUACAAAAUGACAUUCUUUCUCCUUUCUUUAUAAUAAAUGUAGUUUCUAAAGCUCUCCCUUUCACAAAUAUGUACAACUAUGUGAUGGCAUUUCUCUUGAUAAAAAGAGAAAUUAAAAUAAUUUUCCCAACUGGUAAGAUAUAAAACAAGUCGAGGGGCUAUCUAUACAGCUUUGUUCUGAAGCUUUUUCCCUAGUUGAGAACUGUCUAAAACAUGUGAUCACUAAAGCUACCACUAGAGGGACUUAUUGGACCAUUGGGUCUAUACAAGCAGAGGUGUCAAAUACCACAGCCAGCAAUACUCCUGAGUGGCCAGAACCAGAUUAAAAUAUAAUUGGGAAACAUUUAACAAAAUAAAUAAAAAUACGAAGUUUUCUAAAGCAACAGGGGGCCCACAGGAAUCUUUAUAUACAGUUUAAUAGCAAACAGGGUGUUCAGAAAGUUUUGGUGCCAUUUUAAAUUUUGAAAGUUUAGCACACAAGGGUGUCCCAAAAGUCUUAGUGCAGUUUAAAACAAAGUUUAAUGUUGUAUUAAGACUUUGGAGGACAGUCUCCAGCACUAGACCUGCAUUUCUUUCAAGUACCCCAAGGGAUCUCUUAAAUUUAUAUAGUUACCAUAUAUCCUUUUCACAAUACUGAAGGUGUUCUCCCAAUUCAUGUUAGACAAGGCUUCAAAAAGCCAAAGAGAAUUAACCAACAACAAAAUGUUUCAAAAAAUGUUUUGAACCAACAACCACCCUGCCUUUAAAAUAUUUUAAUAGAGGGAAAGGACUUUAUUAGGGAUCCUAAAGAUAUAGGCUAAAAAUAGGUAUUUUUGAAAUUGAAUUUAAAAUUGAAAAAACUAUUUUGCAUUCUAAAAAUUUGGCAUUUAUUUGAGACAAAAUGAUCCUACCAACUCAAUUACACAUUUUAACCCUCUUAAUUUUAUCAAGAUGCUGUUUUAAAAUUGAGCUUAAUAAAUAAACCAUGGAUUUGUUUUUCCCUUUUCAAUAAGACAGUCAUAACUUCUCCAUUCUUAUGUACAAUUUAAGUAUAUCAUCUGUAAAGAUGCCAAAACAAACUGUAAAACUACCCAUGUUGAGGGGGGGGGAAAAAACAGAUUGGAAAUCCUUGAACUUUAGACUUAUAAUCAGCAUUUGAUACAACUCCUUCAACCAAUGUAGUGACUAAAGUGAAGCAAUAUACCAUGUUCACACAGCUAAUCAGUGAGAGCCAGGCCUACACAUAUUUUAUAAGAAACUACUUCAUUAUCCUGAAAACACAAAUUCUAGAAUGUUCUGCUCUAUUAAAACCAAAAAUUAUUUCUAGCUAAAAAGCACCUUUGAGAUUUACUACUAAUAAACCCUCUCAACAAAUAUAGAGUAAACCUUCUGGUAGAACCUCAAAAUUCAAACGACUUACAUUUUGAUUAUAAAAAUAAACAACUCAUAAGCCCCCUUCUGCAUCUACCUGUGUAUUUAGGUUUGUGGCCUUUGUUAGUUAUUUUUAAUACAGUUGCAGAACAUUAUUUUGUCUAAUUGCCUCACUUUUUUUAUCGUUGAACUUGUCAUUUCUUUGCAUUUCAUUAUAUUAAUAUAAUUUAUUCGGAGAUAAUUUAUCCAAAUGUCAUGGGACAGUUCAAUUUUUCACUAUUAAAAAAUAAGCCAACUAUAAGAAAAUACUUAUUGGCCACCUCUUUUUAAAAUCCUUAGAGCAGGAGGUUCUAAACUUUUGUGUUAUGGACUCCUCUAGGAGUCUGAUGAAGACCAUAGGAUCCCUUCUUAGAUUGUUUUUUAAUAUAUAGAAUUACAAAGGAAAUCAGUUAGCAAAAUGUUUUAAAAAAUAAGUGUUCAGACCCAAGGUUAAGAACCCUUGCUCUAGAGAUACAGUUGCAACAAAAACAUUCUUUGAACUCUUUUUUUUUAAUCUCCCAAUUACCACAGUAUGUUUUUCAUGUAUUUAAGAUUAUGGCACUAGGAACCUUUAACUUUGUUGUUAAAAUGAAUUUCCUAAAAUGCCUAUUUAAAAAGUAUUUAUCACUCCAUGCAUCUAAUCUAGAAUAUACGAAAGUACCAUACUUUAUGUACAUUGACUAGACUUGGGCAAAGGAAUUUGCCUUUGCAAUAUAUCUAGCUUUUCUACCUGUCCACUCCAUUAUAAAAUAGAACUCAUUGUCUGACAGUCUUAUCCCUGAGUAGAAUGAAGUGUUCUUUUUUCACUAUUCCAUGAUGAAAGCCUAAACUAGCAAAAAUGAAACUAUUACAAAAUGUAUAAUAAAGGGAUUGCCCAUUUUCUCCCUCUAAGACACUCAUUUAUAAAGAAUGAAUUAUUACAAUUGAUUCCCCUUACCCAUUAACCUUAAUACUUACUGAUACAUAAAAUUUCAAAAUUAAGUGGAUUGUUUCCAGACGACCAUUUCAAGUCUGAUAGUUUCCUUUGGCUGAAUGUAUUUCAUUAGAAUAACGCAUAUAUAACCCAAUUUCAUAUGCACUAUGAAUCAGAACCAUGUCAGCUAUGGCAUAAUGAGUUUGAUAGGAAGACAGGUAUCAUAAAAUACAGACUUUUCACAAACCAGCAUCUUACUGGCCUUUUAAAUGAACUUAUAUCAGUUUGAACAUGUUUUAAUACCUUUUUGUUUUUAUACUCAGAUUUUUUUUUAAAUAAUUGAUGCUUUUAAGCAUUUGUUUAAAACUAUAUGUUUGUGCUCUAAAGUUAAUUUUUUUACAAGGAACAUUUAACAAGCAAUAUAGUGAGGACAUAUGUAAAAGUAAUUCAUUUUAUUAGAAAUUAGUUUCAAUUGUGAAAAGAUGUUUUCAAGUUAUGUUUCACAUGUUACUUUAAAGUAGUUUUUUUAUUUUUUGAUGGUUUCUUUAUCUUAUUGGGAUUUGGAAUUAGUUUCUUUAUUUUUAGGGGCUGUAAAGUUACAGCAGAAGUAUCUUGCUGACAUUCAACAAGCUUUCGCUUAUUUUUAGUAAGCUCUUCAAAGGAGGUUUCUAAAACAUUUGCAUCUUGAGUUUCCAAAGUUUCAAUGUCUGUAUCUUCCAGGGAAUCUUUAGUUUUGUCAUGAAGCCAGGGCACAUGCAAACUAGGCACCCUGGGAAUUAUAGCUUUUAGUUCUUCAACAAAGGCUUCAGUGUUCUUUUUGAAACCCAGAGCUAAGACACACUUUAAACCAAUAACGGGUGCAAUGCUUUCACUAAGGCGUGGAACCUGGCAAGCUGGGAUAGCUCUGCUGACACUCAACUGAAUCAGGUGGGAGGUCAUCAUAGCAGGUUUGACAGAUUUGCACACUAACACUAAAAGCAGUUCAUUUUUUUCUAGCGCUCUGGUGACUUCAUUAAUCCCAAUGGCAAGUUGUUUCCUCACAUGUAUAGGAGUCCAUCCAGGUACUUUCUGGCUAACUUCUGUUUCUUUUUUCUUUGGAACUUCAUCAUUAUCAAUAGAAUCCUUUUCUUUAGUUUGUCGUUUUGAAAUAGGCCGUUUUUUCUUCUUUGGAUUCUCAAUCUUUUGAAGUCCAACAUGUUUAAAUCUUUCUUCUAGUGUCUGUAAAAUGAAGUGCAUAUCAUCUCUGUCCAGAGUAGUCCAGUUGACAGCAUACGGGUUAUUUAGCACCGUCUUUACAGUAAAUGAUUUUGCUUUCCGUAUAGAUCCCUUCCCUGAUGCUGCAGCCAUCUUGAAUGUUCUUUGACACCAAAACUAUUAAAGAAAAUUAGAAUUAAUUGGGAGCCCUUAUUUAAAAUAAAUGUUUUCAGCAAA